AUGAAAUUAAAAGUAUUUUUUCUCAUUCUUAAAUAAAAAGGAUUAACAAUAGGCUUUGAUUUAAAUUUAAGUGAAAGAACAAUCUUCGCUGAUCAAAGAAGACUAAAAUAAAUCUUUAUAACCUUAGAUUCCAAUGUUCAAAAAUUUACAUUCAAAGAUGAUAUUCGAUUGAUAUAUUUGGUCAAUAUGAAUCCAUAUAUCUUAACAUGUAAAAUUAGAAAUAAACAAUAAUGUAUAUUAAUUACAUAUAGUUGACUCAGCAAACAAAUAUGUCCAAUUCGAAGUUAUUGACACAGGAGUUGGACUCACACCAUCUGAAUUAGAACCUUUUAAAAAAACAGCUGGAUUUUGCUUUGGAAGUUUACUUCUAAUAUUAUCCUUUUACUUUUAUAACUCAAAUAAUAGCCACAUUAUCAGUAAAUAAAAUUGUUUUAUAUAAAUUUUUCGUUUAAUUUUAUUUUAAAAUGAACAAUAAAUUUUUAUUUGUAUAAAUAAGAACAGAUGUAAAAUACUACCUUAAUUUAAAUCCAUUUUCAAAGGAUAUAUUUUCGUUAUUAUACAUAAUCUAAAGUUUGAAAGUAAGGCAUCCUUAACAUUUAUUCUGA